CCGUUCUUUGCAUUUCCUGAAUUUAAGCAGCUUCUCGCAGACUCUUCAAAUAGUCUGUAUUUUGGGUUUUGGAGACUUCACAUCAAACACAAUGGUAGGACUGAAAUCGAGGAGGGAAGACCUGAGAACCAUUGUGACGAAGAACAGCACUACAAAGAAAAUCACAGAAGAAGAAGUGGAAGACGAGAGGGUGGGAGAAGGAAAUGAACAACCCUUGAGUCCUGCCUCACGUCUGUUUCAUGAGCCUCACUUGAACUGUUACAUCUUAGCUAUCAUGGGCUGCACCAUUCGUGUCGACCCUAACGUCGUCUUAGCUGGACUAGAGACUACUCUGCUUAGGCACCCUCGUUUCUCUAGCAUUCAGGUCCUCAGCAACAGCAAAACCGGGGAAAUGAGUUGGAUCCGAGUGCAGGUGGACUUGGAGAAGCACGUUUUCGUGCCAGAACUUGACCCGGACAUGGACUCAGCUGAGCAAUUCGUCGAACAAUACAUCUCCGAUUUGAGUAGGACCACCAUCGACAUGUCCAAACCUCUAUGGGACCUACACAUCCUCAAUGUCAGAACUGCAGAAGCAGAAUCUGUAUCUAUUUUCCGGAUUCACCACUCUCUCGGCGAUGGCGCGUCUCUCAUGUCACUCCUCCUCGCUUGCACUCGCAGAACCGAUGAUUCCGAGGCGUUGCCGACGGUUCCUACCCAGAAAAAAAGGGUUGUCCAGACCAAAGCCGGCGUAUUAUCCCGGGUGUUCUUGGCGUUUUGGGCCUUCCUCCUUCUGGUUUGGAAUACGGUGGUGGAUGUCUUCAUGUUCUUCGCCACAUCGAUGUUUUUGCAGGAUACAGAAACGCCUCUGAAAGGUCCUCCCGGGGUUGAGUUCACCCCAAAGCGCUUCGUGCACCGAACUGUUAGUCUUGAUGACAUGAAGCUCAUCAAGAAUGCCUUAAACAUGACAAUAAACGACGUCGCACUGGGAAUCACACAAGCUGGUCUUUCUCGUUAUCUUAACAGGAGAUACUGUGAGAAGAAGAGGGAUGAGGGAGCAACGGAGAAGAGGAACAAUCUUCCCAAAAAAAUUCGCCUGAGAGCAGCUCUUCUUGUUAACAUAAGACCUUCUCCAGGGAUCCAGGCUUUAGUUGACAUGAUGGAGAAAGAUAAAAGUGAUGCUAAGUGGGGUAAUCGCCAUGGCUAUGUGCUUCUCCCCUUCAACAUCGCCUUGAGAGAUGACCCAUUGGAUUAUGUCCGCCAAGCCAAAGCCACAAUUGAUCGCAAGAAGCAUUCAUAUGAAGCUAUCUACUCCUUCUCCAGUUCUGAGUUAAUAGUCAAAUUAUUUGGUUUUAAGGCAGCAAGCGCUCUAGCUUUCAAAGUUCUGUCACACACUACGGUGUCAUUCACAAACCUUGUCGGCCCAAUUGAAGAGAUCUGUUUUUUUGGCCACUCAAUGGCUUUCCUUGCUCCUAGUGUUUAUGGGCACCCACAUGCCUUAACAAUUAAUUACCAAAGCUAUCUGAACAAGAUGACCUUUGCUCUAGCAUUUGACCCAGUUGUGGUUCCUGAUCCUCAACAACUCUGCAGUGAUAUAGAAGACUCUCUCAAGCUCAUCAAGGAUACCAUCAUAGCAAAAGGGUGAGAGAAUACAGGUUCAAAGAUUUAGUA